AUGUCGGUCGUAGGUGAAAAGAUCAUUUAUAACACUAAAACCUAUUGUCCAAAAUGUACACUCGUUGAUAGAAAAGGUUUGGUGUUGACCGAUGCUCAGGUUGUGUCAAAGUCUGACAAUAAAGUAUACCUGAAAUCAAUAUGUUCAAGACAUCCUUCACACUACACAUUGUAUUGUUCAUCAUUAGAUUUCUUUAAUAGAAUAUCAAGUUAUUCAUUUGAAUUGAACGAUAAGAAACAAAGUCAAGAUAUAGAGGAUCUUUACCAAAAAUAUAGCAAUGGAACUAACAAUAGCAAUAAUAAUGGUAGCAAUGCGACUGUACAGCAAUCAUUGAUUAUAGAGUUGAAUAUAUUUCAAAACAAUAUAUUCUUGAAUGACGACCAAAUAUUAAAUAAUAUUAAACAGUUUCAAUCUAUGUACCAAAAGAAUAGGAAGUUUGCUCUCAAAGUUAUGGCUAAAGGAAGUAACGACGUACAGACAAUCAAUGACAAAGUUAUUUAUAUUGCAUCUUUAUUGGUUGGAUAUCCUAUUUUGGUGGAGGUGACAGUGGAACGUUUGAAUCUGUUGGGUAACUUGGCAAAUAGCUGCUUCCUGCUGGGCAAAGUUUAUCCAGCUUUGAAAUACUUUUUGAAGCAAGGUGAUGAAGAGUUAGUACACUGGUAUACAGGCAGUGAUCACGAUUGCACUGGAACGAAAGUUUGCCAAUCUCACCCAGAUUCUGCAGUUGCUGAGAUCCAAGAACGAAUUGAUCAGAAUCAUCAUAUUGUCAUUGGAGCGGCCACCCAAAGAGAUUGUUUCAUCACUGCAAAAGAAGAUGGUCAUACAGAGCAAUCAGUCGACGUCGACCACUUCAGCCACUACAGCAUCGUCUCUAACUCUGGAAGAUGCAGAAUCGCCUGA